AAUUUGCUGGCAGUCGCAAAAUGGCAGAGUCAAAGUGAGUCGAAAAAAUCGGAGUGAAAUCGGUCAAUAAUGGAAGUACGCGCCAAAUAUUCAAUCUCCAACGAAUCUAUUUCCACCUGGAAUCCGUCUGUUGUUCCUUGCGUGCAGAAUUCAGAACCGCUAGAUUGCUGGAAGUUGUGCAAUUCCGAGAAUCGAAAGUGCUGUCUGCGUGGUCGAACGCACAGAAAUUUCUUGACGGAGGCGACCCCGACGACGACGUCACAAAAUCUGCAACAGCUACGCUUAAUUCGCGAGCCCAUUGUUUACGAUGACUCACGGUGUUUGUUUGCAUCUGCACCAGCAUCAUCAUCCGUGGCACGGGGAGUGAACUUUAAGAAGUUACCCCUGGUUCAGGAUCGCUGAACAAAGAAAAUCCGCCGUUCCGUUCUUCCCCACGAAUCACCGUCGACCGUUGAAAAAAUCCGUACGGUAGUGGUGGUGGAGGGGACUAGUAGUAGUAGUGUAAAUACGCGCAAAUUUCGAUUCGAUUGUAACCUUCUGCGGUGUCCUUCGCACCAAAAACCAUUCACAAAUCAUGGAAGCAGCCGCAGAAUAUCGUCGACAGUGGUCAACCGACACGAAGCUGUUUUCUGCGGGUGGCGAAACCAAAUCACACGCCAACAAACCAUGCGGUCGAGCUCCAGAGGGACGAGCGCCAGGCAUGUUCGAGAACGUGUUCAACGUGAUCACCAAGCUGUGGGCGCUGACGACGAGAUCGCCAAACGUAAACAAACCCUCGGAACUGCCACCGUACGUGACGGGCACGAAAGAGUGGCACAGCCUGGACAAAGAAGGCCCCCAACACCUGUCCACGAUGAUGCCUAUCUUUGAGACGACCGACUGCGGUAUGAGCCAGCUGACGGUCCCGGUGGAUUACGGUAGCUACGAACUAGAGGAUUCCAUGUCAGCGGCUGGCAUCUACCUGCAGGAAGCGGCACCGAUGAUCGCUGAUCAAGCGGACCGCACCACCACACGAUCGGUGCCGAUACGGAAGCGACGUCGGCAGCAGCCUGCCACUAAAACACACUCGGCCCCCGGUAGCGAAAGCGGCAAGGGUUGUGGCAAGAAUCGUAAAAACAAAAAGCGUCACGACCUGCGACGCGACAUAGUCAGCGAUAGCAUGGCGUUGGAGAUGGACGAUUGCUAUGGAUACGACUAUCGGGAGGCAGAGCUACUGGAUGAGAGCAACGAAUCGUUUCCUCCCUCCGUCGGCCACUCGUACCUGUCCACUAGCUUUAGUCCUUCUUCGACGGGCAGCGCCACCAGCUUCCACGAUGCGCUCCAGGAUGUGAACAUUCUGGCGGCCUGUCUGCGGUAUGCCGAUGGACUGCCAGAAGUGACCACCGUACCCGCAGCAGCAACAAACACAUCAACGACGGUGCCACCGUCGCCUGCUGUGCCGCUUGUAAUGCUAAAUCGAAAGACAUCGUCCAUCGGUGAGAACGCUGGUCGAAAGCUUUCCUGCAAUUGUGAUAUUACCGAACCCGAAGCAAGCUUUGUGAUGCUAACGGAUUACGACGUGUUCAUGACACCGUCCGCUAGUCCUGCGCGCCGAUCGAAAAACCUCUGCAAGGCAAUCAACAGUUUCUUCAUUCCGAGCAACGCUUGGCGUCGUCAGUGCACAGACGACGAGGAUGAAGAGGAGGACGAUGAUGAGGAGCAGGAGGAGGACGAGGAGGAGGAUGAUGAUGAAGAUGAUGACGAUGACGAAGAUCAGGAUUAUGUUGGAACUGCGGACUGCAGUGACGAUGACGACAGUGUGGUGUUUUGCGAAGAAGACGACAUCAACGAUGACGGCAAUUCAUCGUCCGGGUUCGAGGAACGGAAGGUUCGUUUCAACACAAAACCGGUGGUACACGUGAUGAGAGCGUGGGACUUUGCCUAUCGCCAAGCGCGCAAAGGUGAAUGGGAGAUGGCAGCUAGAGACCGAGAGCGGUUCCGGAAGCAUGUAGCCGACCUCGAGCCGGUAUUGGGACCAGCGCUACAGCCUGCACUGCGCGAAAGAAUCUACCAGCAGCGGUUCGAGUCCGGUGUCGCCGCUGAUCCUGUGCCAGUUGUACAUAACACGACGUUGCUUUCUACGAUCCAAGGGAAUUAGUUUCGCUUCCGUUUCGCUUCGUUUUGUCCUUUUGACCAAGCACGCAAAACAUUUCUCCUGAACUGUCGUCAACCGCGCCUCAGUCCUACACGCCGGUGUGGGCUUUCGUUAAGCCAAACAAGCAAAGUGCAUUAUUCUACUCUUACCAAACUUAUUUCGUGUUUCUGUUUUAUGCGGAUUUAAACUGUUUCCUUUCGGCAUAAUUCCUUGUAUAUCGUAAAUAUAAACUAUAUAUUUCUUUGCUGCACUAUGCA